UCAAAGGACUCCGCUUUGCAAACCCCCCCCUCUCUCUCUCUCUCUCUCCCUCUCUCUCUCAGUCUUGCUGUAACGGCGAGUCAGCGACCGCAGUGAAACUGUUACGACUCUCUCAAUUUCACCGCCGCUCUCUCUCUCUCUUUAUAUAUAUAUAUAUAUAGGCCGUUCGUGCGGUGUAGGGUCUACUGUGGCGGUGUGGAGGAUUCCGGUAGCAGCUGUACAAAGUCUGCGAGGAUGUUGGUGAAGAUGGCCCAAAAAUUUGAUCCUGAAGAAGUCAUAGAAGAAUUUGAGAUGCUGUCAAAGGAUGCUGAGAGAGUGCAGAUAGAGACCCUGCAGAAAAUUCUACUGGAAAAUGGCAACACGGAGUACUUACAAAAAUGGGGUCUGAACGGAAGAAUCGACCCCGAGAGCUUCAGGGCUUCUGUUCCACUCGUUACUCACAAUGAUUUGGAUCCUUACAUCCGGAAAAUCAUGGAUGGUGACAAUGCCCUUAUCCUCACAAGAAAACCAAUAACAACUAUCUCUUUAAGUUCUGGUACCACUCAAGGAAAGCCCAAGUUUGUCCCAUUUAACGAAGAGUUGAUGGAAUCCACUAUGCAGAUAUUUAAGACGUCUUUUGCAUUUAGAAACAGGGAAUUUCCUCUUGGGAAUGGAAAGGCUUUACAGUUUAUUUACAGCAGCAAGCAGUUCAAAACAAAUGGGGGUCUGGCAGCUGGAACUGCAACCACGAAUGUGUUUAGUAAUUCGGUGUACAAGCAUACUAUGAAGGCUAUGCAGACACCAUAUUGUAGCCCUGAUGAAGUGAUAUUUGGUUCCGACUUCCAGCAAUCCUUGUACUGCCAUCUUCUAAGUGGACUCAUUUACUGGGAUGAAGUGCAAGUUGUGUCUUCUACGUUUGCCCACAGCAUUGUUUAUGCCUUUCGCACCUUUGAACAAGUCUGGGAUGAACUGUGUACUGAUAUUCGAGAAGGAGUUCUCACCAGCCGAAUCACUGUCCCAUCCAUUCGAACUGCAAUGGAAAAAUUGCUCAAGCCAAAUCCUAAAUUGGCUGAUAUGAUCCGCAAAAAAUGCUUGGGAUUAAGCAACUGGUAUGGGUUAAUACCAGAGCUAUUUCCUAAUGUUAAGUAUGUGUAUGGGAUCAUGACUGGGUCAAUGGAACCCUAUUUGAAAAAAUUGAGACACUAUGCAGGCGAGCUGCCACUGCUGAGUGCUGAUUAUGGGUCUUCUGAAGGAUGGGUUGGAGCAAAUGUGAACCCAAAGUUACCCCCUGAAUUGGCCACUUUUGCCGUGCUUCCCAACAUUGGCUACUUUGAAUUUAUUCCUUUGAGGGCUAAUGUUGAGGGUCAGAAGCAAGAUGAAAGUGAGGCCCCCUUCCCCUCCAUGGAGCCCAAGCCUGUGGGUCUGACUGAAGUGAAAGUUGGUGAAGAGUACGAGAUCAUCGUCACCAAUUUUGCAGGUCUAUAUCGGUAUAGACUAGGAGAUGUGGUGAAGGUAGCAGGCUUCCAUAACUCCACGCCAGAGCUCCAAUUCAUCUGCAGAAGCAAUCUCCUCCUCACCAUUAACAUCGACAAGAACACCGAGAAAGAUCUGCAGCUAGCCGUGGAGGCAGCCGCCAAGCUGCUGGCGGAAGAGAAACUUGAAGUCGUCGACUUCACAAGCCACGUUGAUUUGUCAACCGACCCAGGCCACUACGUGGUCUUUUGGGAAGUGAGUGGCGACGCCGGGGAGGACUUGCUUAAGGAGUGCUGCAACUGUUUGGACCGUUCGUUUAUAGACGCGGGCUACAUGAGCUCCCGUAAAGUGAAAGCCAUCGGUGCCUUGGAACUCCGUCUUGUUCGGAGGGGAACCUUCCAGAAGAUCCUGGACCACUACGUGGAUCUGGGGGCUGCUGUCAGCCAGUUCAAAACCCCCCGCUGCGUGGGCCCCACGAAUGGCAAGGUGUUGCAGAUCCUCUGCAACAACGUUGUUGAGAGCUACUUCAGUGCUGCUUUUAGUUGAAUAUAUGUUCUGUCGUGUAACAGUUUGGAUUUUUGGAUUAGGUUUAUUUACACUUCAUCAUAGGUCUUUGCUUUCUCAAUAAUGCUGCUUCCAACCAGUUGUACAAAAUUUGUAGUCUCUUCCAACUUACAACUGCUGCCCCUCAUCAGCAGCUAUCCAUUGUAUUUCCAUGCCCACCAAAAUGUAGGUUGUACGCUUGUACUGAAUUGGUUUCUCUCUUGCAUGCUAUUGCUAGGGCUUAACCUUUAGGGGAAAUUAUUAUAUAUAUCAAGUUAAAUCAUCUUUAACUUAACAAA